AUGAAAGAUCAAAUCGAGGAAAACCUUCAAACUAGAUUCCAACAAGAAAAGUUAAUUUUUAAAUUAAAUGAACAAAAUAAAGAAUUAGUAGAUCAGUUAAAAUUAUUAAAAGAACAAUUGGCUCAAUCUAAUAACGAAGAUCAAAUUAAUCAGCUAAAUCUCGAAAAUAAUCAAUUAAAAGAUCAAAUAGAAUCAUUAAAACAACAAGAUAGAGAUAAAGAAGAACUAUUAAAUCAAAUUGAAAAAGUAUUAAAUCAAGAUAAUAAAGAAAUAAUAGAUCAACUAGACUCUCUUAAUAAUGAUAAUCAAAAUGAGCAAUACGACAAUGCUGAAUAUGAAAAUGACAUCGAUCUACUAAAAGAAGAACUGAAAUCAUUGAAGCAACAACAAGAAAACGAAAAGAAAGACAUUCAUCAAGAAUUUACAUCCCAAAUUAACCAACUAAAAGAUGAAAACAAUCGUCUAAAGGAAGAUUUAGGAUUAUCAUUUGGCGCACCAUCGACACAACCAUCACAAUCUCCACAAUCAAAAAAUAAAUUUGAACUACCAACACCAAUAAUAACACCAAUAUCAAAAGCUCCAUUACCAAAUUCAAUUCCAACCUCAACUCAAACUCCGAUUGCUAGCCCACAACCAACACAACAAUCAAAUGCCCGCAUUGCCUCAUCCACUUAUCCAAAAUUAUAUGCACCAGAAUCCAGACACUAUUUUACAGGUGCACCAUCUAAAGGGGGAAAUUUUGGAAAACCAUCAAUUAAAAUAUUCAAUGAAAAACUUGGAGCAUGGGUAGAUUGUCCCCCAAAACCACCAAUAACCCUUCUUUCUUUUUUAGGCAAUUUUGUUUUUUUACAUCUUUGA